AUGGGGCCAGCUGUACUUAGUCCAAGGAGUACGGAUCUGACGAGCACAGUUGGCUACGACAGCAUCAUUCAACAUCUGAAUGACGGCAGGAAGAACUGCAAAGAGUUUGAAGACUUUCUGAAGGAAAGGGCAAUUAUAGAAGAAAAAUAUGGCAAAGAGCUGAUUAACUUGUCUAAGAAGAAGCCCUGCGGGCAAACGGAGCUGAACACGCUGAAGAGAUCCCUGGAUGUUUUCAAGCAACAGAUAGACAAUGUGGGGCAAGGUCACAUCCAGCUGGCACAAACCCUGCGGGAGGAAGCAAAGAAAAUGGAGGACUUCAGGGAAAAGCAGAAACUGCAUCGGAAAAAGAUAGAGCUGUUAAUGGAGGCGAUUCACAAAAACAGGAAUCUGCAGUACAAGAAGACCAUGGAGGCCAAGCGGCUCUACGAGCAGCGCUGCAGGGAUAAGGACGAGGCGGAACAGGCCGUGCACCGCAACGCAAACCUGGUGACACAGAAGCAGCAGGAGAAGCUGUUCCUGAAGCUGGCUCAGACAAAAUCAGCUCUGGAGGACUCUGACAGGAGUUACCAGCAGAGCGUCACCACGCUGGAGAAGAUCCGGGAAGAAUGGCAGAAAGAGCACAUCAAAGCUUGCGAGUUCUUUGAGACUCAGGAGAGUGAGCGGAUCAGCUACUUCCGCAACGCCCUCUGGCUUCACGUCAACCACCUCUCCCUGGACUGUGUCCGGAAGGACGAGAAAUACGAGGAAGUCCGCAGGAGUUUAGAAAUGUGCAGCAUUGAGAAGGAUAUUGAUUUUUUUGUCAAUUUACGCAAAACUGGAAGUUCGGCCCCAGCUCCUGUUGCUUAUGAAAACUACUAUAACACACAGAGAAAUGCAACUCCUGUGAGAAGCCCAGUUCCUGUAGCUAUAUCAAGGAGGGGACCUCUACCCACCCCGACCAGCGCACCAGGCGAGCCUGAUUACGCCACAGUUGAUGGCUACAGCUUGAUACAUCACUAAUAGCCACAGUUCUCCAGGCAGAAGACACUGUUGGUCUGGGCCCUGUGGCAGAGUUGGCGUUUCCAGUUAUUCCCAGCCACACAGAGCUGAAGUGCUUCUCCGUUUUAAGAAAAUAUUUGCAAGCUCUGAUAAUUCUUUGUACAUUCAGAAUGUGCCUACUAAAAACCUGUGCCUUUGAUCAGCGAACUGCUCGGAUGGAUACCCCACCUUCACACCCAGGGGAAGGAGAGGAAUGUGAGUGAUGGACUCUGACACAGGGCCACCUUCUGUGUUGGAAGAAGUUUUUGACUUGAAGCGCAGCCGUCUGGGAGAGGCUGGAGCCUCCAUCGUAUGCGCCGAGGGGAGCGCUGCACGAUGCUUUGGGCACGCUGGCUUGUGCUCAGGGCUUACGUACCCCGCUCGGACCUCAGGUUACACUUCCUGCCUGUUUCUUAAGUCUUUCGUUAAUGGGGAUUAAACUUGUAAUUUAGAUUUAAUUUCAGUCACGUCUGUCAGGGAGCUUACUCAGAGAAGCUCCAACCGUUACGCAGUGCGUCUGGCUUAGCUGUAGAUGUGCUCCAGGCUUAAGAGCCACCACAAACCUGCUGGGAAGUCCUGCACCUUAUAGCAUUGUUGGGGAUCUGAAGAAGUCGGUCGACUCUUCUAACCGCCUCUCCAGUGAGGGGCUCGUGGCUUUUUAGGCUGGCUCAUGGUAUAGCUCGUCCCUGCUAGGCUCUGGAGACCCCCAUUUGAUUAACUUCUGGGAAGCCCCAAACUUGGAUUCAUUCUGGCUACGCACCACUGGAAACAAACUUAGCUACUAACGUUGGCCUGGAGCCAUGAAACUCAUUUCCUGACCAGGUCUCCUCAGAGUUCAUGCCCUUCUUG